GCAACGAGCCUACAAACUGACUGCAAGUAGUCUUUGAAGUAUCAGCAAGUUUUAAGGUCAACGCAGUAACUAAGAAGAAAAACACAAUGUGGAUAAAAACACGGUUGGUAGUUUUCUUGUUAGUGCCAUCCAUUGCCUUUUCGGCAGAGUCCCAGAUAGACUUCCUUGAUGUGAGUUUUUUGGAAAAAAUUCAAACUAACAGUACUCCAUCAAUCCCACCUCAUCCUGAUGAGACGAUUUCAAGAAAUUUUAGACCGAAACCACCGGCAUCAGUAGUUAUCUCUUGGAUGGAAAAACCGCCUUAUGUAAUGUUUGACGAAGAGCCAUUAGAAACGAGCGAAAACAGAACAAGAUUGGCCUCGUCAAAGCCAGGAGAAGCGAUGAACGAAACGAAUAAUAACAGUGGUAUAAGCCAAGAAAGCGUGCAGGGCUCCUCGCCUGGAUUCAGAGUGAAAGGUAUCUUUCAGGAAAUUGUAUAUAAAGGACUUCAGAUAUGCACAGACAUACCUCUUACUGAAGUCAACUUCGCGGAAAAAGCUGAUAAUUUACGACAGCUUGAUGAAACCAUUGUAAAAAAGGAAGCUGAUCUGGCGCUUCUCGUUCAAGGAAGCGAAGAUGGUUCUUACGGAGGGCAUACGUACGUGGAGGUCUUGAAAUCGCCAGGUGUUGUUUUCAUAGUGGACAAACAGCAAACAUUAAAACAUUUACGAAAGCGCGUCUUACAAGCCAUGAAAGAUACCUGGCCUGUUAUUAUUUUAACCCUACUUUUGGCAGGAUUUGCUGGGAUUUUAAUCUGGGGACUGGUAAGUGUGUAUAUAUUCAAUAACUUAAGAGAAAUUUUGCUUACUUAAAUAAAACGGAAGGUAAAUAUGUUAAUUUGUUGUGUUUAUACUCGGAAGCCUUUUAUCGUUGGACACCUGCGUUUUGUGAUAGCGGCUGGAUGACUGUCAAAAUCGGCUAUUCUGUAUUUAGCAAUUAAUGAAUUCGGCUUUCGUAGGAUAUGAAGAUUUAUUAUAUGGCUGAAUUUGUUUUCGCCAUGCGAUUGGUCAAUUUGAGGUCCGUAACUUGCUAUACGGACCAAAACUUCAAAGAAAAUGCUCAUUUCGGAGAUCUUAAUCUCUUUACCUCGAAAAAAAGCUUCAAAUAAAGUUAUAUGACGUCUGUCAACCUUAAGGACUUGGAUGUUGACUUUGUCCUUCAACAUUUUAAACUGUGUUUAUUUGUGAACGAACGCGAUUAAGGAACUAACUCUUAACCUUAUCGAAGAGGAUUCUAGUCAGUGUUUGAAAAUUUUAUCGUAGUAUACAGUUAAAAAGGCGAAAGUCGACUAGCAGAGAUUUGAGUUGUUCUUAUCAUAUUUUUCUUCGACAAAUAUGAUAACAAACAUGCCUGCACCCAACAUCUUGACGAGCUUCUUUGACAUUUGCAGUGUUUUUCCAGAAACCGACGAAAGAAAUAUAGAAGCGACUUCGAGCCAGACAAAAUGUCGAGUUUUGAAAAGACUCCAGCGUCACAUUGGCGAGUGAAUACCUACAGUGCUCUUAGUUUUGACCGAAUAAACUUUAAAAUAUGUCUGUAAACACUGAGGACUGGGAUGUUGACUUUGCCUUUCCAAAUUUUUACCUAGCUUUGUUUUAAUGAGAACGAAGCUGAUUUAGAAAUUGUAACCUUACCGAGGAAGAGAAUUCAAGUCAGUGUUUGAAAAUUUUAAGGCAGAUCACAAUUGAAGACGAGAAUGAACUGGCAGAGGUUUUCCCCCAAAAAAUUAACGAGCGAAUCCUUCGACAAUGACAACAAACUUACCUUGAAAACCUUCUUUCCUUUUUGCAGUGUUUUCUUUGCAAGGACCAACGGAGGAAAGAUGGAAACGACUUCCUGACAGACACAGUGUCCGGUUUCCAAAAGGCUCCAGAGCUAAAAAGAGCUAAAACUUACAGUGCUCUUAGUUUUGACCGAAAAAAACUUUUUCAAAAUGGCGAAUUUGUUUUCAUUUUCUCGGAAACCCUUUGUCAUGUGCUAUUGUUUUCGUGAGCCAAUAAAAACUUUCUUUUUUGGCGCCUGACAAAUGACUGUCGAAUCGCGCGUCCUACACUUGUUUCUGGUCCCCCAAACUAGAAGAAGCCAUAUAAUAAACAUCUUAUUACAGCACGGCCCGAAAACUUGGCUAAUUAACAAUUAUUCCUCGAGCCCGAAUGGGCUCUGGGUCAAUAGCCCAUGAGGCCGAAGGACGAAUGGGCUAUUGACUCAGAGGCCAUAAUAUUAUAGUAAAAUAUCGAGAACAGAAAAAAAUUUAGUGCAUGUUUCAUAAAGAUAAAGGGCUGUUCAGGUCUGCGAAUAUACUCCAGGUGUUGUCAGUCGAGUUGUCUUCUAGCUGUGUUUUUAGACAAUAGGUCGUCGUACAACGAGUAAACUGUUCCGUCAUUUUUGUUUCGACCAACAAAACAACUGAACCUCGUCCCCAGGUGUUCUCGGCUAACGGUGCAUUAACCUGCAACUGUGCUGCACUUUUACGUCAUCGGUUGAUUAAUCGCAAGGAAAUUCUUUCAAAUUUGGUCAACAGUACCUGGUUAUUUAACAAUUAAUCUGAAUGAGGCUGAGUAUCUUAUGAAGAAUUAUGGAGAUCGAGGAGGGUGUUUUGGCCGAGGCGGAUAACACCCUCCGAGAUAUGAUACGAAAGCCGAAUUCAAUAAUUGUUUCAUUAAUCAUUCAAAAUAAUUCCUAGUUUAAAAACAUAGCUAAAACAAGCUUACCUGCAUCGAUGUUAAGUUUACCUUCGAUAGUUUACGUUUAGGUUUGUCCAGCUCCGCAAAUAUUCUCCAAAUAGCAGAUGUCGCCCUCCUAGUUGUCUUCUUGCUGUUUUUGCCAUGUUUUUAGCCAUUAUUUCGCCUAGUUCCAGCUGUAGUUCUUACUCUUGAAACGAGUGAAGUGUCCGCCAUUUUAGUUUUUACAACAAAAACAACUCAAUCUCGUCCCCAGGUCUUCUCGGUUAACGGUGCCUUAAGCUGUAGAAGGCUGCAUUUUUGACGUCAUUUCCUCGUUAAACACAAAACUCUUCCAAAUUUGGUCAUCAGUAACUGGUUAUGGUGAAUUAUGCGUGUGCUUUUAGCCAAUCAGAAUUGGGGAAAUACAUUGAAUGAAUAAUAAGGUGAAUUAUGCGUGUGCUUUUAGCCAAUCAGAAACCGAGAAAUAUUUUGACUGAAUAAUAAAGACAUUUAUUAAAUUUGCAAAUGAAUAGUUGGGGAAAAAAAAUUACUACACACCCACACCUCUUUCGCGCCGUAACCGAUUGAAAUUAUUAUUAUAUAUUUUUUUCGCCGAUGGAUCAACAGUUAUAAUAAUUAUUUUCGUGGAGCCCAAAAACUAAGGCGACAGACAUUAAGAAGAAAUCAUUUACAGGGGUUGAAUAAAUAAUUCUGGAUAUAGACUAAGCUUCAGUUCGCCGACUUCUUGACUGGAAAUAAAUCGAUUAUAAUGGGCCUUAAAGAGCCUCCUUUAAAGUUGGGUCGAUCUUAUGAUUUAGCCGCUAUUAUCAGUCAUACUUAAGAACGAAACCACAAAUGUCAACAGUAGCUAGCCAGGGGCAACUUCAACGAAGAGUUCUGUUUUUUAAGCCCUUUGUAUUGACAAACUAAGAGAGAUAUACGAAAACUGAGCAGUAACGUAAAUUAUUGCUAUUUUUACUGAACUGAACACUAAUACGUGACCAAUAUCGUGGCGUCCUAUUCUUUUUGCUUAACCUUCGGGUCAAAAACUUUUUUCGAGCGUUUGAAAAGGGAAAGGUGUAGACUUGUCGGUGCCACUUGAUUCGGUUUAGUUCCGUCCCCUUUUUUAACGCAUAUUUCCCAUUUACCUGUUCAAUUAAUACGUUAUUAUAGUGAACGUACAUGCACUGAAAGUUCUGAUCGCAUAUUUUCCUGCGUGUCAAAAAAUCAUCUAAAAAUUACAAUGUUUUAAAUUCUGUUUGAAUGACCUUUUUACAACACUAACUGCUUUACGUUUUCAAUAUUUCUUUUUAAAUUUCAAAUAAUUCUUGGUGCUCUCCUCCCUCCUCUUCAAUACUUCCCUUUGUCAUAUAUCAGUCUUCAGACUGAUAUUGCUCGUAGACCUCGUACCCUCAAAAAAAAAUCACCCAUCUUAAAAAAACGGUAUUUUGUUCAUGGAAAACAUAUGUGCAAGAACAUACAUUGUAUCUCUAACAGGAUUUUUGAGAAGGUAAGCGCCAAAUAGACCUCUUCGGUCAAGCAGUAGCCAAUAAUGGCUGCAAAUUUCGCCAGGUUCGUUUUCAAAAAUCCUUCUAGAUGUAUAUUUGUCGAAAUGAGAAAGCACUGAGACAAAACGGGGCACUUCUUGUCAAAUAACGAGGACUCCUAGGAUUGCUAAAUGUCAGAUUUACUGGCACAGGCAGGACGACGCCACUAAAGGAUAACAAGAGACAAUAAAGUGACAAAGAGGAAAUGUUAAGGUGUUGGCCUGAAUAUGUGAAUUUCACUUACGUUAUUUUUAGAGGUUGUAAUUUAACGAAAGUCCUAGGACGCCCUCACAUUAAAACGUCCACGCGCGACUGCCUCAAAGCAAACAAUGUAGAAUAUUGAAAUUGCGACAAACCAAGAGAGCGUAAUGUCCCAUAAUUCUCUCUUGACAAUACUGGAUAAAAGUUUUUUUUUAAAUAACUUUUUUAUUGCCACAACAAGUAUUAACAUACAUAUAGUAGUAUAUACAUAUAGUAAAGUAAAAUCACGCAAAAAGUCAUACAAGAUAUUUGAUUUCAAGUCAAGGCAUUCUACGUUUUACAAAGCAAUUAAAAAUCGUAGAGAUGUUUGGAGUAAGCAACUAAUCUGUAUGACUAAACAAAGAAAAUAAAUAUUGCCACCAAUAAAAGUUUCAAUUGAUAAAAGUUUGCGGACCUCUCCGUAAACCAACCUUAGAUUAAUUUCAAGCGUUUGAUUGGUCUAAAAAUAACUUUGAUGAAGUUCACACAUCCCAAGGGCUCCACUGGGCAAUUCCCUCUUCGUCCCAUUAUUCCCUCUUGAGGAUAUACAGUAUAUAUAUAUUCCUUUCUGGAACUUCUGACACCAUGUAGUCGAGAAACUGCUCAAUAAAGUAAUCCUGAUAAAUUUCAUUUUGCUUCAUUUGCAACUAUUUUUUUUUGUUACUUUAAAUUAUAGGACAAAUCUAAAAAUUCUGAUCACUUUCCACCCUCUUUCACAAGAGGCGUGAUGGAGGGAAUUUGGUGGUCCUUUGUGAGCAUGACUACAGUUGGGUAAGAAUAGUUAAGCAUCAUGCCUGCUUCAUUUAAGUCGUGUAGGUUCUCGACUCUCGCUAAAAGAAAUGAAGAAAUGACCAGCCUGUGUACUAUAAAUCCAGCUUAAUAGUUUGCAAUCUUAAUAUUCAGGUAUGCCGAAACUCAAAUGCUUUAAAUUUGAUUAUUUUAAGUAUAGACUAUGAAUAGUCCAUUCUUUUCCUUAGGAAUGAUAAACCGAAGGAACCUGAACUAAAUACGAAAAGCGAAGGUGAAAAGUGCCAACAACGAUAAAAAGCUUAACAGUAAUCAGGUUUUAGCUGAUAUAUUUUUUUCACUUUUCACGGAACUUUAUAGAGGGAAUAAGUGUACCCGGUUAUUUAUUUUCAGUUUUUAGUUACGAUAGAGAUCCAUUCUUCGUGAGACGUUUGGAAAUAUUUAUUAAAACUGGUAUAUUUAACUUUUGAUCUAUGAGAGUUCUUUCUCUGGAUAUUAGGUAUGGUGACAGGACUCCAAAGUCAGCGCCUGCACGUUUGUUUGGCAUCCUGUGGAUUAUUACUGGCCUUAUUCUUUGCUCGUUUUUCACCGCUACUUUCACAAGUGCCUUGACGUCAUCAUCCAUGCUACAUCGUAAAUCUCUGCUGGGAGUGAAGGUUAGAACCAUCAUCAUCUUCAUCAUCAUUUCUCUCCGCACCAGAAAAUGCCAAACGCUGUUAGGUUAAUAGUUAGCGGAGCAAGUUAGAUUAAACAAGGAAAUAAUAUCUGCAGUCGUGGAAUGCAUAUGUAAUUAGACUCGAAAUUCCCAAAAGGCUGAGACUGAAAAAAUCAAGUUCAACUGAUUAAACAGGAUUCAAUUCGAAGCCAUGACGUUCGUGUUAACUCAGUGGAUUGACAGUGCCUUAACCUCCACACAAUGUCGCGGAAACUGAUUAACUUCUUCAUUCCUAAACAGAUAAAAGGUUAUUCUUCUUUAUUUACAUACGACGAACUGCACAACUCUCACACCCUUGCGGCAACGAAUAUAUCUCAGGAGGGUUCAUUGAUGUCAACAAAACAACAAAUAAAUUUACUAGAGUGAAUGCGCGUAAAUUAUCAUUAUCUCAAAGUUUAAAACCUCUUUCAGAAAUAAUAGAACUGUUAAUCAUCCGGGAAGCUGUCUAGUGCAGAUCCCUUAGCAUCCCCUAUAUCUCACUAGUCUUACCUGAGUUCAGUAAUGUUAAGAUACUAAGCUAACUUUUGAAGUUCACCCAGGUUGCAGUUUUGGAAGACAGCCAUGCUUACGACGAGGCUUUGAAGCAGGCUGCCAACGUCAAAGGUACGUUUUGAAGACCCCGUUUGAAGUCGUCUUAGUAGAGACGUUGCUAUAUCGGGGCGUGGAUGAAAAGGUAAUCAUCAAGUCGUUUUAACCUCUCAUUCUUACAAAGUAAUCAGUCCAAAUAAGAGGGUUUGGAAAACAAUCAAUUAUCAUUUUGCAAAACGCAAAAGUUCUUGUCGUCGGAGGUUUCAUUUGAAUGGUAACACCAUAGAUUUUGUCCAUGAUGCAGUACUAAGGUAAAGUGAAAGUCAUCUCACAUUACUCAGCCUAGGAUGAAAAGGGGUAUACCUAUUCGUCGCUUCCAUUUUUGCCGCAUACCUUAUCCUUUUCACCCUUUUAAUAUACUUAGCAGCAUUCCUUUUCACUUGGCUUCCUAAGUAAGCUUUGUCUACCCUAACGGUUCAAUGCGGUGGUGAAAGUUCUAUUUGCACUAUUUUCAGAUGUGGUAGAUAACGAAUACGUGGGUGUUCUAUUCAGUCAAGGAGUGGCUUCGGCUUCUCUCGAAGCUAUUUAGUUACUUCAGAUAAAAAUAAAACCACGCUUGAUUAAAGUAUUCGUCUGAAUCAAGAACCAUUAUGGCUCUUGUCUCAAUAAAAAGGUAUUGACAUUUUUGGCGUCAGUUCCAGCACUCGAACGUUUACAGUGAUGUCGGCUGUUGCGCCUUGUUUGCGAACUUAGUAUUACGCCAGUCUAACGCUUAAGCCACAUCGUAUCUUACCGUUUUUACUCGAAAGAACGCUUUCAAGUGGAGAGGGAUUUACAGCACAUUUAUGGCAUUUUUCUUUAGAACGCGACUUCAAGAGCCUGUGACAUGGUUGUCUAAGUCAUUUUUUUUUGAUAACGCUAAUGACGCCAGUUCCUUCUUCGCUGUGAGAAAUUACUUGUGAAUGGCCAAAUUACAGCUUCGUAUCAAACAAAAUAUUAUAUCAAAGGUUACAGAUGACAAAAGUGAACUUUGAAAAACUGUAAGGCUACUAACAAGUUUCAAACAACCUCAAUAGAGAGAAGGCUUUAAGCGCGCGCGUUGCCAUGGUAGCAAAACUCCUGAAUGAUAACAAACCGAAAACAUCACUUAAAAUUAGAAUUCGGACUGUUUCAAACUUCAUCGAUCUCAUUCAAUUUGAUUUAAUUUGUCAAAUGUUUGCGAUAUUCUGGUCUGGGGUUGAAUCUAAAAGGACCGUAUCUGGUGGAAAAUGAAAAAAGAAAAUUUUGCGCUGUGUUCACCAACUCCAUAAAGCGUGCGCGUAAAAUUAGAAAGUUUCCUGUCGCAGUCGUGCAACGACGGCCAAGAAUGUACAAAAAAGCGUGGUGCACGUAUAACGUUGUUGUUUUGCUAAUCUAAACCGGUUGCUUCUUUGUCGUUCUCGUUGCCGUGGCCGUCGUCAUUGCUUAAGCUCCCCAUUGUUGUGAUCUAGAAAUUUUGCCACCACGGCAACGUUACGUCUCACUUCCCCUUUCUAUUGCAAUUCGUGUCAAUCUUCUUCAAGUUUGUCCAUUCGUGUCUCCUUUUGUAUUCGCUGUGUAAUUUGUACCUUCUUUUCUCUGUGGGUUUCAGUCAGUUUGGUGGCAGCUGUCACUGUCUUUCGUGACACAGACGGACUUAAACUGACGAAUGCUUAUUUCCUGUGUUGCAGAUUAUCCCAACUUCCACGAAAUGUACUAUGCACUCGUCGUAAAAGAAGAAGUAGAGGGAAUCUUAGCGGACAUCUACACAGCCUCUUACUACAUGGAUAAAGUCGAAGACUCUCGCUUAGCAGUGACCAUGUUCUUUAGUUCUCAGCGGUCAAUUGGAUUUGCACUUAAAAAAGAAGAAUUUGAGAAACAAACUAAUUGCCUAAGGAAUCUGUUUAAAUAUCGACAGCGAGACAUCAAGAAAAUUAUUUUUCGACAUACCCAAGCAUUGCAUGUAAGUUGAUUUAUUAACCUUGAUUAAAAUAAGUGGGCUACUUUGAGACAUUUGCCUGUAGUGUUUACGAGGAAUUCUUUCGUAAACUCUGCAACUUAUUAGUGGCUAGCUAGAAGGAACAGCAAUUUCCCGGCCUUGCUGAUUCCUGAUUUGAGGUGUUACGGCAAAAUUUGUCGAUUAAAAUCUUGACAAGAUAGAUUAAACAGUUUUGGGCAUUCAUAUUCUCAUUCUGACUUUGUAUUUGUUGGUACAGCUGCCUCAUUUGCAGCUAACAAAUCGUCUUCCCAAACUGUCGUAAAACGGGGCGACAAAUUGCCUGCCGUCCGAAAGCAGUAAAUAGCCACGUAUAUUCCGGGUUACGGGAGCCAAUUAAAACGCGAGAAAAUUACCAUCCACUGAUUUGGUAAAUUUUAAAUUAAACUUCUUGAAAUUGCGGAUUUGAUAGUGAUGCUUACAAAAAACGAGAAAAUUUACAUGUUUACUUAUAACAGUGGCUUGACCUCAUGCGACACAUGACGUCAUAUCUUGUAACCAUAGCAACAGACUGCUUGCUCCUGUAGGCUGUAAUUAAUUUUGCCAAAAUGAGUCGCAGGAAAUUAAUAAUAACGAUGAUGAUAAUAAUAAUAAUAAUAAUAAUAAUAAAAAGAAGAAGGAGGAGAAGAAGAAGAAGAAGAAGAAGAAGAAGAAGAAGAGCAGGAGUAAUUUGCUCCUGUAUGCAGAUACUGAAGAGUAGAUCUUUUAGCUUAAAGUCGUUUUAAUUGUUUAGGGCCAUAAGGGGUGGUAUCCACCUCCCUUAAUACGUGAUAACUGUCAUACUUUUGUGUUGGUCAUGUUCAAGGCAAAUAGAAGCAAAAUAAAAGGCCUGGGGUGAGGGUGGAAAAGAGGAGGCUGCGGAAACACACUAUCACACGGACAGCCGUCUUUGCAUCCACUGAAUUCGUUCAAAAUACGGGGUUUCGAAGCUUUACGACUUGCGAGUAGUAACUUAAGUUUAAGAGAAAGAAAUUAAACAGAUUGCUUUUCACUUUAAUACACGUACGUUACCAUCUGAACUUCCUUUUAGACCGAAACCAGGAGCCGCCAGAUAUCAGACAAAGACGCAGACCGUCUUUUGACUUUACUGGAUGGAAACUCCCCCGGAGUUUGGAUUGCACUUUCCGCAAUGUUGGCAACCUUUAUCAUGCUGUUGACCGCGGGUUUCGUUUACGAGACGUGUGCUGCAAAGUGUAGGAAGAAGAGGCUAACAAGUAACGUAAUGGGUUUCAUCAAACCACCACCCAGGCCUCUGGAGACUCUCACAGUCACGUGA